UUAGGACUAAAGUGAAGUUGUGUCAGAAGAAAUGCCUAGAGAACACUUUAUUUUUGGUACCUAGGGAAUACAUGUCAUAGAUUCAAUGCAAUAGCCGAGUCUGAGUGUAAAUGUGUAGAACAAAAUUUGAGGGUAUUCUCUUAAAUUUUGAACACGUGACAUUUCUUUGAGAGUAAUUCUUACUUCUUAUUUGCAAUUGUUGAGUCAGAAAUCUCAUUUGGACCCUCAAAUCUCAUCUCAACAACCAUGACUUCACUACAUGAUAAGCAUCCUUUGUCCGCUGCAAUCCAUUUCUUUAAGAUUAUCCUCACAACACAUGGAAAACUUAAACUCCCAAAAAAUUUCACUAGAAAAUAUGGAGAUGGAAUAUCAAACCCGGUGUUUCUGAAGCCUCCUGAUGGCACUGAAUGGAAAAUAUAUUGGACCAAGCAUGAUGGGGAGACUUGGUUUCAAAAGGGUUGGAAGGAGUUUGCCACAUUCUAUUCCCUAGAUCAUGGGCAUUUGCUGUUGUUUGAAUAUAAGGAAACUUCACAUUUUGAUUUGCACAUAUUUGACAAUAGUGCCCUUGAAAUAGACUAUCCUUCCCACGCUACUCACGAUGGAAAGGACAAAGUUGUGCAGAUUAGUGAUGAUUCUGAUGAAAUUUUGGAUGAUCAUAUGACUAUAGUGAAAUCAACACUAUCAUCUCCUCCACCUUGUAAGAAAAUGAAAAAUAGCAUAACUACAAAUGUUGAAAGAAGCACCAAUGGGGUAAACUUGCAUCGGCGUAUCCAAACCAGAAGUACUAGCUCUCAAAAGACAAAAUUUAUAAAGCAAGAAUUAGAUGAAGAUGAGAGUAAAGGCGUUUUUAACACUGAAUGCACAAAAGUGGAGCAGUUAACUUCUACUGCUUUAACCAAAGCCACAGCUUUCAGAUCUGAACAACCCUUUUUCACGCUUGUCAUGAAGCCAACAUAUAUUAUUGGAUAUUACCUGGAUAUACCACGCGAGUUUUCAAAACAAUAUUUGAAGAGAACACAUGCAGUUGUGAUCCUUGAGGUCUUGGAUGGAAGAAGUUGGCCUGUUAUUUAUUCUGCUCCUAGAAUUAAUGGGGGAUGGCAGAAAUUUGCAUCAGAAAAUAAUUUGAAGGUGGGGGAUGUUUGUGUUUUUGAGCUGAUUCAGAAGAUCCAAGGCCUGACUUUCAAGGUUUUCAUUUUUCCAGCGAUUUCACAAGUGAAAAAUGCAAAAAUAGAUCUUCCAAAAUGCAGCAUAGAGGGUUCUUCAACUAACUGGACAGGUGGAAGUUCAAGUAAAAGAUCUUCUCUGUUGCAAAGUCACGUCAAGUCGGAGAUCUUAACAACCGGAGCUCUCAAAGAAGCUAGCAAAUUCACAUCAAAAAAUCCCUUUUUCAUGGCCACUUUAACUCUAGAAUGGAAGGCAAUAAAGAUACCCAGAUGCCCGUAUGUGCCGACUAAUUUCGUGAGAAAGUAUUUUACAAAGAAGAAGCGUGGUGUGAUGAUGAUACAGUUUAGAAAGAAUUUGUGGCCUGUAAAGUUUGCAUUUCAUUCAUCCGGUGUUUCAGGCAUGUUUUCUGUUGGUUGGCACUCAUUUGCAAGAGAAAAUGAACUGCAAAUUGGAGACGUUUGUAUCUUUGAGCUCGUCAAUGGAGAAGAUGGAAUACUUGAUCUUCAUGUUUUCAGAGAUCAGUGUGAGUUCUCAACCAAGAGGUGAAUGGUGAAUAUGCCCAUGUUACGUUAAAUCCAAGCUCUGCAAAUGGGGAUGUUAGAAC